AUGGCUCCUCCCGGCAUCCAAAUGACCCAAAUUAAUUUGCAUCACAGCAAAAGCGCCUCGGCUAUCUUAGCCAGGAGCAUGCCUGUGAUGCAUACAAGUAUUGCACUAAUCCAAGAACCUUGGAUUUUCAGCAGCGAGGACCUCACAGUCAUCAAGGUGAGAGUAAAGCUGGCCGAGGAAAAAGACAUAGAGAUACUCAUAGGGUCAGUCUAUAUGCCCUACGACUCCAUGGACGAUCCACCACCGAAAGAGGUAAAAGCCCUGGUAGCCUAUGCAAAGGCCGGGAGGCUUGAACUCCUGCUGGGUUGUGAUGCAAACUCCCAUCAUGUGGCGGGUCUGGUAAACGACUGGAGGGUCUCGGAUGAGCCCUCUGGCUCUGAUCACAGACAAAUACGCCUAACUCUUCAGCAACUACCGCAAAUCAGCUGGGUUCGUAACCCACGAAAAACCAACUGGGAGGGCUUUAGGACUGAUCUUAAGGCGCAGCUUGUUGAGGCCCCAACCAGUUUCAGGACUAAAAAUAAUCUGGAAAAUGCGGCGGACUUCUUAAAGAACGCCAUUGCAAAUGCCUACGAGUUAAACUGCCCACCAAAACCAAGGAGCUCGGUGACUAAGAUCGACUGGUGGAACAAAGAGCUUGAAAAACUCAGGUUGGAAACGAGGAGGAAAUUCAGUAAGGCAAAAAGAACCAGACUUGCAGCACACUGGGAGGCUUUCAGAAGCUCCCAACGAGAGUACAGCAAGGAAAUCAAGAAAGCAAAACACAAAAGCUGGAAACACUUCUGUGAAAACAUUGAAAGUGCCCCAGAGGCAUCCAGGCUUCACAGAAUUCUCAGCUUAGAUCACCGUCCCCAACUGUCUUAA